AUGCAAUUUCUUGCACUUAGGUGUGGCUGCCUGAUGCGGAUGCCCAGAUGCAAAUGCCUAGAUGUGGAUGCAAGCAUGGGCCCGGAGGACAUCCGCGUGGAUGUCAGCCCCGACCGAAUUCUCACCAUCGCUGGCAGCCGCCAGAUGACGCGCAUCAGGAGUGCUGCUGGGGAGGCAGCAGCAGCUACGGUGGCGGAGGCGGAGGCAGGGCACAGCAGCCACGACGACAAGCAGGCCGCCUCAGAGAAGGUGCCCCCGGCCCGUAAGUCCACCCGUGGAAACGGCGGCCCAUGUUCGCGGGUGGCCAGCUACCGCUUCAGCCGCUCCUUCGUACUGCCUGAUGAUGCAGACGUGGGCGGAGUGGCAGCAGCGCUGGAGCGGGGCGUGCUGACGAUCACUAUACCGCGCAGGGCAAUGGGGGGCCCCAAGACACGCCGCGUAAAGAUUUCUGUUUCGGACAAGGGUGACAGGUGA